AUGUCUAACGAAGUAGCUAGCACUAGAAGAAAGAAAGAGAACGGGACAUCGAAAGCAGGAAGGAGAAACAGCUACUGCGGAAUGGCCGGUGAGGAGGAGGUGCAGGUGGUAGAGUCCUGCUUUGUAACGCCGGCCAAGGACACGCCGCGAAAAGCACUGCGGCUGUCACCACUCGACCUCCUCAUGCUAGCCAACAGAGGCUACACCCCACUCGUCCACUUCUAUCGCCGCCGAUGUUCCGUCGACGACUUCUUCGACGUGGCUAAGUUGAAGACAGCACUGGGCAAGGCCCUCGUGCCCUUCUACCCCAUGGCCGGCCGCCUCAGGGCCGACGCCGACGGCAGGUUAGAGAUUGACUGCAACGGCGAGGGCAUGCCCUUCCUCGUGGCUCACUGUCACCUCACCGUUGAUGACUUUAGCGAGUUCAAGCCAUCACCAAGGUUAAGGGGGUUGUUUGUUCCCCACACCGACGACUCAGAGGGCAUCGUGUGCAGCACUCAGGUGACAUUCUUGAAGUGUGGUGGGGUGGCCUUAGGGACGGCAGUGCACCAUGGCGCUAUGGAUGGCACUGCCGCGUUCCACUUCUUCCAGACAUGGUCUGCUUUCUCAAGGGAGGGCGACUGGGCUGUGAUGAAGACCCCCUACCACGACCGCAGCCUCUUGUUUGCGCGCAACCCACCCUUUGUUCAUCCCGACACCCUCUCCAUUUUUUGCCUCAAGGUAAACAUGUCGCAGCUGUCGGGGCCGGUUGUCAACGAGGUUUUCACCCUUGGCAAGGGCCAAGUUUCCACUCUCAAGCGCAUCUGCGGUGGCGACAUGAGCACCUUUAGUGUCGUGAGUGCCCACAUGUGGCAGUGCAUGUGUUUGGCCCGGCGGCUACCGCCGAACUGCACGACGCGCCUCGUGUUCCCGGCCAAUGUUCGGCGCAGUAUGACGCCGCCUCUUCCGGACGGCUACUUCGGCAACGCGAUAACAUAUGUAAGUGUUGCCAACGAAGCACGGGGCAUCGCCUCAGGUGACCUGGCCUACAUAGUGCGCCGGAUUAGAGACAGCCUCAGCCGGGUGGACGAUGAGCUAGUGCAUUCUGCAGUCGACUACCUCGAGCUAGCAAAGACGGACAACCGCCCUGCUACAGGCAGUUUGCCAGCGACAGAUAUGAGAGUGGUUAGUUGGCUUGGCAUGCCGGUGUAUGAUGUGGAUUUCAGUUGGGGAAAGCCAUUGGCUAUGUUGCGUGCUGAAUCAAACCGCGGAGGCUAUGUGCACCUGAUUGACAGCGGGCAUGGGGAUGGCAGCAUACGCCUAGUCAUGUGUAUAGAGGCUUCAAUUCUCAAGGAGUUCAAGCGUUUGUUGUAUGCCAAGUUUGAGAGCAUGGUGUAUUCCAAGUUCUAG